AUGUGUGAAUGUUUAGAUGAAGCAACAGAUAAUUGGGGUAUUAAAGUUGAACGUGUUGAAAUCAAAGAUGUACGUUUACCACAUAUGUUACAACGUAUUAUGGCCGCUGAAGCUGAAGCAGCACGAGAAGCAAGAGCAAAAAUUAUUGCUAGUGAAGGUGAAUUUAAAGCAUCACGUGCAUUAAAAGAAGCAGCAGAUAUUCUUUCACAAUCACCAUAUGCUUUGCAAUUACGUUAUUUACAAACAUUAAAUGGUAUUGCAACAGAACAAAAUUCAACGACUGUUUUUCCAUUACCAAUUGAUCUUCUUUCAUUAUUUCAAAAACCUCAAUUACAUUCAAAUACAUUUGUAUUUAAAAAACCACCAACAACAUCAACUAAGAUGGAUAUUCCAAUUGCAGAUACAAUAAUAUCAUCAACAACAGCAACAGAUAUUUACUGUAUUGAAUAUAUUUUCCUUGUCUAUGAAUAA